AAACAUGCAUUGAGCCACCUUGGUGCGUUUGACUACCUCUGGAAUCCUUCCAAGAGGCUGCUCCAGGCUCUCAUAAUCCUUGGCCAUGUACUGCAGAACGACAUGAACCCACGGGGUGCUUGGGUACUUGGUGGGACUACCAUAAGACUCGCACUUUCUUUGGGCCUUCAUCAACAUGCCUCAGCUUAUGAUCGCUUCGGGCUCUCUUCUUCUGAGGCGCAGCACCUUCGCUUGGCUAUAGUUUGGCAAGAUGCCCUCCUCUCUUUAGCCUUUGAUCGGCCUCCAGCAUCGCACGAGAUGGAUUUGACAUCAGAUCUUCUCCCUCUGGGGCAAGAGGUGGCUCUGAAUUACCGUCAGGCAAUGAACUGGCUCUGUCAUCUAACGCUCACGCACACUCGAAGCCGGGACCAAUCUUGUCCAUUAUCAAGUGUGGGCAAGCUCCUCGACAAUUUCGACUCCCUGAAGGACUCGUUAUCCCCGCAUCUAAAAGAUCGACAGCAUUGCUCCUCCAUACAAGAUAUUCAAGAGCACUAUAGCCUAGAACUGCACCGGAAUUUUACUCUAUCCACCCUAUGCCGUCCGAUCCUUUCCCGACAGGUCAGGCAAAGCCUAGGUACAGAUGAUUCCGCAAUGUGGUUAAGCAGGUUCCAAAAUGCACUCAAGAAGAGUGUACUCGCAUUCAUUCGUCUACGGUCUCUAUGUAACCUUGCCACCCGGUCAUGGGCUUUUGUGCACAACGGGCUCUCGUCUGCGUUAUUGUUAGCCUUUACGAGGCACCUUGACGAUUCCGAGGACUUUGGGGAGAUACAGGCUCAGCUAGUCAAGAGCUUGUCCGAGGGGGACGAAGACGCCGGUCGCCUUUCCGCGGCACAUAGGAAGGCUCUAAAAGCUCUCAAAGUGUUGCAAGAAGCCAGGACGGGAGAAAUCGCCCCUACAGGUCAAGUAGGAGAAGUACCAUCUCCAAAUUAUGCAGGGGAGGAUGUAAUAUUCCAAGAGGGCAUGUUUGACCUUCAAGAUUCCAGCUUGCUAGGGAUGGACGAUUGGCUUCGUACCUUUGACUUUGACGCAUUCUCUCCUCUGGACGCGUACAACUUCAUAAUGUCUGACCAGGCUCCAGCAGGGCCCAGCGUAGGUACUUUAGCAGAAACAUGA